UUAGAAGCAGCCAAGGACAUGCUUUUGGGUCGCCCCCAUUUAAUUUCUACCGUCAAACCCCAUUGGAUUUCAAAGUGUGUCAUGCAUGUUCCAAAACUAUUUGCACGGGAAAGUGGCCUCAUCAACAGGAAAUGUAGGAUAAUGAUAAGAGAUGAGCAAAGGUCAUAGGAGUUUAAGCUAUAUUACAGUGCAAGCAGAACUUUCAUUGGAGGUGGAUGGCGUGAAUUUUGCGCUGCUAAUUCUUUAAAGGAAGGAGAUCACAUAAUGUUUGAGAUAUUUUCGAUGGGAGGGACACCUAUAUUGAAAUUCUACGAUCUAAGAGGAGAGGCAUCACUCCAGCCCGAAGGAAAGAAGACUAAUUUGGAUACUGAAAGAGUUUCCACUCAAGGCCGUGGGAUUAAGACCUUGGACGUGAAUGCUCCGAAAUUACAAGUACCUGCUUCAACAUCUGCUGAUGCCAACCCUCAUUUUAUAUCUACUGUUAAAUCUUAUUCCAUGACCAUUUCUUCUUUGUAUUUCCCUUUGGCUUUUGCAAAAUCAACUGGCCUGAUGAAUGGACGUCGUGAGAUGAUUCUCAUCGAUGAAGAACAUAGAUCAUGGUCAAUGUGUCUAGGGCAAAUGGCAAAUAAGCAAUUUGGAAUUAGAAGGGGAUGGACAAAGUUCAGAAAAGCAAAUGGUUUCCAAGUAGGAGAUACUUACAUGUUUGAACUCAUCCACAACGGCCAGAUACCUAUAGCAUUUGUCCAUUGUAUUUUGAAACUAUCACAAGAUAAUAUGAAGCAGUUGGUGAUGGGUAGCACUGAAGCCAGUUGAUGUAAUGUUUUUGGAUCUACUACAUUUUGUUAAAUCCGAAAAAAAAAUUCAGCUGUAUGAUGUGUAGUACUUUCUGUUUUGAAAAUAUCCUCUAAUCCAUGAAUAGUAAUUAAAUU